AUGGCGGAGAUACCUCAGGAAGAUGCUGGAGAAGCAGCAGACAGAGCUCCUGGCCUCCAUGACACAGUUCAUGAGACCUCCGGCCCCCUCACACCCUCAGGCCAAGUUCAAUGGCAAAGCAAACAAUGUGGAGACUUCAUCAGGCAAUGUGAGAAUGUCUUCUCCAUUGAAAGCCAGUUCUUUACCUACGAAGAGGUUAGGAUCCGAUAUGCUGGUAACCUGAUGGAAGGAGAAGCCCCAGCCAACUGGUAUGAGGCUUACCACAGCUCCAUUGACCAAGCUUCUGCCAACCGGAUAGCUGGGAUGUCUGUGGUGUUAGAUGAGAAAUGGAAGUGCUGGGAUUCCUUUGUGGAUGCUCUCAGAGCAGCCUUUGGCGAAGCUAUCUCUAGGGAUGAUGCGGCAGCCCAAUGGAAGGCCUUACCCUCACAGCCAAGGGUCAGUUAG